AUGGCUAUCAAUGGGUACAUAGAAAUUGAGAGUUGUUUGACCUUAGUCAACGGCCUGGUCAAGGAAUCUCCUAUUACCACUCGGAUUCAUGAAAAGAUACAGGCUGCGAAAGCAAAGGCAUCUCGCGACUUCAGAUCUGAUGUUGUUACUGUUCCUGUUGAGGAAAUGAUGGAGGCCAUUCUUGCGGCCUCGGUCAACGAUGACAUUUACGAUGCCGAGGGCAAUCCGUCUGUCAAGGCCCUCGAGGCGAAGAUGGUUGAGCUGACUGGCAUGGAAGCGGCGCUGUGGGCGGUUUCAGGCACGCAAGGAAACCAGAUCUGCCUUCGCACCCACCUCACGCAACCUCCCCACAGUGUUCUCUGUGAUUAUCGAGCCCAUAUUCAGUGCUGGGAGUCUGGAGCCCUGCCGGUCAUCUCUCAAGCCACAGUUACUACGGUCCACCCGACGAAUGGCAUCCAUCUUACACUCGAAGAUGUGAAGGCUAACAUGAUCGCGGACGGAAACAUUUCCGAGGGCUCACGACCUGUUGCCAUGCAUCUCGACGCGGCCCGAGUAAUCGAUAGUGUGGUUGCUGAGGGCGUCAGCCUGAAGGACUAUGCUGCAUGCUUUGAUAGCAUGUCUAUCUGCCUAGCUAAGGGUAUCGGUGCCCCUAUGGGGAGCGUUAUUGUAGGAAGUAAGCGCUUCAUCGAGAGAUCCAUACAUGCAUUAUCAAAGAGAGCUGGCAGUCAACUCGAGGACACAGGAUACAGGCUAGCGCUGCCUGCGCAAAGCAACAUGGUGGUACUAGAUCUGGCUGGCAUGGAUAUUCCUGGUGCUGCUUUUGUUCAGUACUGCGCCGAUGCGGCAGUCACUGUCUUCCCCAACGGGCGUUUAGUGUUCCACCAUCAAACCUCAGAGGAGGCCGUUGCCGAUCUGGUCAACGCAUUGAAGAGGCUACUCCAGGCCAAGAAGGAUGGUAAAGCUCUGAACAACGAGGCAGUGCAGAGAGGCUGUUUGUGA